CAAGUAAUGGCUCAGGUUUUUUGACAAAUUUCAAAUCAAACAAGGUAAAACAACAGGACCAACCCUCUCAACAAAAUGAUGACCUGGCCACGGCUAAAAUGUCGUACAAAUGGAGUUUACAGACGAAGCUAUAGAAAAUGCUGUCAGAUUGCGCUAGAGUCAAAUACCCCUUCGUUCGCAUUUUGGAUCAGCUGUGGCCCGCCAGUCUGUACCAAUUUAGAUGCGCGUAGUCUAUAGCUAGGAGUCAAUUUAUAUGCGCCGGGGGGUCUGGGUAGCCUGUGGUUUCAAGUAGUCCGCUGAGCAAUGCACCGCAUAUUCGACUCUUGUUUCCUGCUCUUCUCCCGCGCGUAGCGAUCUAUCUGUGCAUUUCUUUGUGAAAUAAAAUCACAAUAAUGAUCAACCAAGCUGAAACUUCACAGGAACAACACUUUUAACUGUCCAACCUCAACAAGGAAAGGCUUCAUCCAAAGGCCUUAUGUGACAACAAGCUUUAUUCGAGCCUGUAUUUGCAAGCAACGUAUGAACGUGAAGUUGUCUGAAGACUUUCGAAAUCUAUCUUCGAGAACACUGCAUCUUUCCAAGCUAUCAUUAUCUUCGAAGACAACCACUUACACUUCUUGCUCUCGGGUGUGAUUCAUAUUGUCAUCGUCAAUAUUUGCUGAGCUAAAACAACUGUUGUUGACAAAAUGUCAUUGAAAUCUGGUCGGCGCGCUCGCUCCUAUCAUAGCGGUCAUUCUGCGAACAUUGAAGUUUUUAGUGAUGUCAGUGGUAGCGGUUCUUUGGACUAUAGGCCCCGUACCAGGACGCCGGAUUUCCUGGCCGCGCUUGAAGGCCUGGGCAGGACCAUGGAUGAAGUAACGUCCUACCAUACCUUGUCAGAGAGUGUCCAUGAGAUGCAACUCUCUAUUGAUCUCAGUUCAGCUCAAGAGAUUAACAGAUCAAAUCAAAGUUCCUUCAAGUUCAACCCUAAGAGCUCCAUCAGCACACUGUUGACAUUAAUUAUGCUUCUCAUUGGAAUUGUACUGGUUGAGACAUUCAAGACCAAGGAGGAGAAAGCAAUAAAAAGCAAUGGUUUUAUAACCUUCAGUCAUAUUCUUCGGGCAACAGGACUAUUUGGGUUUGCUGGAGGAAUUACUAACUGGAUUGGUAUCAAGAUCAUCUUUAACAGAAUGCCUGGGCUUCUUUGCCGGGGGUUUCUUGCAAAGCAUUUCACAGUUGCAAGAGAAACACUUGCCAGCUUUCUACUUGAAGUAUUUUUUAGUCCUGCUCACAUUCGGCAUCAUACCAGAGAGAGAGAGCAAGCCUUGUUAGAGCCACAGAACUUUGAGCAACAUUUACAUAGCGUUCUGAGCUCAGAUGAGAUGACUACCCUGAUAGAUACUCAGGUGGACUCCCUUAUGGCUACAGCUGAAGGUUUGACCCUCAGAAGCCUUGGUAUGUCCAAAGAUAAACUCAGGAAACUUGUCAAGACAUAUAUCCUGGAUAUGAAAAGUUUUAUAAGUACAUUGUUGAUUCAGUCAAUCCAGUCAUCAGACCUUACAAAUGCAGAAAAAAUUCGUGAACAGGUGGUUGAUUUGAUAGCAACUCGAACCCAGCAGAUGACACAAGAGCAAGUAAAACAAUUUGUUCACGAUUCCUUAUAUAAACAUGUAAUGUGGCUGGUUCUGUGGGGAAACGUGUUUGGUGCUAUUGUGGGCUUCAGCGUUGAGAUUAUUUCCAUCUAUACGAAUGACUUGCCUUGGUGAGGGGAAAUGACUGCGACGUACUACAGACAAAAACAAAAAGACAAGAGAAACAAAAAACCUGUCUGGAAAUUGCAUUGCUACAUUAUAAAGGUGAAGAAAACCUAUCCUUUAAGCGUUAUUGUGGAUUGGUGGUGCAUACAGCGCGAGUGUAUCGUAACCCGCAGUGGUUUAUGGGUAACGUAUAAAUCGCUGAAUCCUGGUCUCUGCGAAAGCCGUGUGAACGUUUAGAGGUACAAAAACAAGAAUGCUAAAGCUUUCUAAACUGGUGUUUCUUGUUAUUUACGCUCAUUUUAUUAUUUAUUUGAUACCCAUGAAGCACUGCGGAUUACGACACAGAUUUUUCGAGUGAAACCUUUUUUUAAAAUAGAUGUAUACACCAGCGAUUCACCGUGGACAGCAGAUAUUGAAAGAAACUAUUUUAAGUAAAACAGAUAGCGUGAUAGUGUUGCUAGAUAAUCUAACCACAUUGGAGUUACACUUUUAUAGUCGGCACUCACUAAGUACAAAAGCUGAUGAGGAUGGUAAUCUCACUGUAGUAAUAUCACUGGAUAUUGCGUAUCACAAAAUAUGAUACUCAAAACAACCAUGGACAUCUUGCUACAAUGGUUAUUAUGGCGAUGGUGAUGAUUACCAUAUUGUGUCUUUAAUAAUGAUGUUGGCAGACAAUAUGAUCCUGAAAAUGAAGAGCAGACGAUGAAGAUGUUAUUUGUGAUAUGAUGAUGAUCUUGUUUUUAUGAGGACACCGAUGGUUCUGGAUCAUUUUGACAAUGCCCAUCACCCAUCAGCGGUGCGGUGAAUCCUAUGUUAAAGAUCACUUGCUUCGGACAAUGAGCUCAGAACAAAGAUGGCAAAGACAAAACUAAAGAACCAUGUUUCCUUGUUGAAGCUAACCAUAUAGUAAAAAAAAAAAGGUAUUGGAAAUUUAAAUAUGAAAAUAAUAGAUACAGUCAAAUAGCAGUAUUGAUAUCCUAUCAAUACAAGCAAACCGAAUAAAUUAGCAAUCUAUA